GUACCAGAUAUUUCAUUGUAAAACUUGCUUCGUAAAACUUCGCACCGAACGAAUCUCACUGGCUGAACUUAAGCUUCAAUAACUGUGAUAACACUGAUUAAUAAAAUAUAUUCGAGCUUGCAACGAUUUAUUUUUUACUGAUUGUAUUGUAAGGCGCAAGGAAUCAAACAAUUACCAGUGAAGUAAAUAAUUCAAAAUGGUAAAAGAAACAGGAUAUUAUGAUAUUUUAGAAGUAAAACCAAAUGCCACAGAUGCUGAACUCAAGAAGGCUUACAGAAAAUUAGCACUCAAAUAUCAUCCUGACAAAAAUCCAGAUGCAGGUGAUAAAUUCAAGCAAAUCAGCAUGGCAUAUGAGGUCCUUUCAGACCCUAAAAGAAGAGAAAUCUAUGACAAAGGUGGUGAAGAAGCAAUCAAAGGCGGAGCUGGAGGUGGUGGCUUUGAUUUCCAUUCACCCAUGGAUAUAUUCGAUAUAUUUUUUGGUGGUGGUGGUAGACGUGGAGCUCAAAGAGGUCCUAGGAAGGGGAAGGAUGUAAUUCACCAGCUAAAGGUUCCCUUAGAAGAUUUAUAUCAAGGGGCUACAAGGAAGCUUGCACUACAGAAAAAUGUCAUUUGUUCAAAAUGUGAAGGUAGAGGAGGAAAGGAAGGUUCAGUUCAGAAAUGCACAAACUGCCGUGGUACAGGCAUGCAAGUACGCAUUCAACAGUUAGGUCCUGGCAUGGUGCAACAAAUCCAGUCAGUAUGUGGUGAAUGUAGGGGUGAAGGAGAGGUGAUUGACCCAAAGCACAGAUGUAAAAACUGCAAUGGAAAGAAAAUAGUUAAAGAACGAAAAAUUUUGGAAGUCCAUAUAGACAAAGGUAUGAGAGACAACCAACAGAUACGUUUUUCUGGUGAGGGUGAUCAGGAGCCUGACCUUGAACCUGGAGACAUUGUUAUAGUAUUAGAUGAACAAGAAAACAGCACAUUUAAAAGACGAGGAAAUGACCUGAUUAUGACAAUGCACAUUGAGUUGGUAGAAGCAUUAUGUGGGUUCCAGAAAACUAUCCAGACAAUGGAUGCACGAACAUUAGUUAUCACUAGUUUACCUGGUGAAGUAAUAAAAAAUGAAGCAGUGAAAUGUGUGAUGGGUGAGGGAAUGCCUGUGUACCGUGAUCCAUUUGAAAAAGGAAGGCUCAUUAUACAAUUUUUGGUUAAUUUUCCACCCAGUGGUUCCUUAACUCCACAAGCCAUUGAAACUCUAGAGAAAGUUCUACCGCCAAGACAGGAGGUGAUUGUACCAGAUGGGGCUGAAGAAUGUGCUCUACAAGAUUUUGACCCUACUCAGGAUCAGAGUCGGUACAGUUCAAAUCAUCUUGAAGCAUAUGAUUCAGAUGAUGAGCAUCAAGGAGGUCAAAGAGUACAAUGUGCCUCUCAUUAAUAAGCAAAAUUAUUUUGUAAUUAACACUCAAUUUCCAUAAAAAAACAAUCCAGACUAUUUUUGACUGAAUGUUUGACUGUUGACGUAUGUAAGGACCUUAUGUUUGUUUUAUUACUUUGAACUAAAUUGUUCACCACCCCAUUUUUUAAAAGUAGAAAUCACAUUUUACAUACUUGUCAUCACUGUGUAAAUAUAUUUAAACAAACAUCCUGUAAGUUGUGUAUAAAAGGAAUCCUGGUUUCUUUUUGAUUAGAUUUUCCAAUGUUUCAUUUUUUUUUUUAAAAUCAGGAGCUGUCUGUAAUUGUAUACACACAUUGAGUAAACAUUUUUUAAUGGUCAGAAUUCACAAAUAUGUUAACAUAAAUGCAUUUGUGCAGAAACCUUACAUUGUGUACAUACGCAAUUAGUGCACUGAUUUCCAUGUGGUUAAUUGCUUGUCUUCCCCCUUUCUUUGCUAAGUCAACAGGGGAUUUGUCUUAGGACCUUAUGGUAAACUGUUAUUACAUGGCAUUUUUCAGCAAUGUUUGACAAGAUAUAAUGUGGCUGGGAAAUGCAACAUUUUGUCUUUCAAAAUAAUUUAUCAGUUGUACGUAAUAAUGCAAUGGGGAAAAAAAAAAUUCAGUUUGAUACACGAAUUUUAAAUUUUUUAAAGACAUGAAAAUGUCUUAUCAUACAUCUUGACAUCUUAUACAGGAUAGUGUCAGCAGUGGACCAAGAAGUUAUAACAGGCCAAAAAAAAUUUAAUAGUCCAUCCAAGUAGCUUUUUGUGUUUGUACCAUCUAAAAUAUAACUUGAUCAU